GGCCUACGAGCUCUUCAUCAUCCUCGUCAUCUUCAUCUGUGACUCUCUUGAGUUGAGUUUCCAGAGGCUGAGUCCAGAUGUGUGAACGGUGCUGAGGUGAAAAUGAAGCGCUCCCUGGGAAUCUGCCUGCUGAUCUGCUCCACUCUGGUUGGGCUGGGAUCAGCCAUUCGCUGCUACAGCUGUAGGGACUACACGGCCAGCUGCACCAAACAACGAGACUGUAGCUAUGACGACGCCUGCCUCACACUCAACGAGAGAGGUGGGAUGACCUACCGCCAGUGUCUCAAGUAUUCAGACUGUGAUUAUAGCCGACUGACCCAGAUGUUCCCCCAGGUUUCCAGUUUCACCUUCAAGUGCUGCAACUCUGACCUGUGUAACUCCGCCCCCACUGCAGCGAGCUCUGUGAUUGGUCUGCUGGCCUCUGUGUUGAUCAUGUGGUGGUUCCACUGAGUGGCUCCAUAGCGCCUCCCAUCGUCAAUAACAGCCGCCGCCUGUCUAAUUGGUUCUCAAUCACUUGUUCGAUCACUUGUUCUAACGGCCACAUCCUAGCGAUCAUUUAUUUAUCUGUUUAUUACCAGACUGUUUAUUAUCAGACUGUUUAUUACCAGACUGUUUAUUAUCAGACUGUUUAUUAUCAGACUGUUUAUGGAUCAAUACUUCAUGAUCGAUGAAGGAAUCCUUUCAGGGGAUCGAGUGGUUGAAAAGUUCUCAGUCAGAUAAUUGAUCGUCACAUGACCUGAUUGAUUGAUUAAUUGAUUGGUUGAUUAUUUGAUUGAUUGACUGACUGAUUGAUUAAAGUCUUUCACUGUAUCAUUCGAAGUUUUAAUUUUAGAAAUAAGAUGAAGAACCAGCGUUGAUGUUUUAACUGAAGAUCAGAUUCUAAUAAAAUGUUUUAAUGUCUUCACUCACAGCUUCACACAUUUAAACGUCGUUUCCUCAUGAAUCACAUCUUUAAAUGAUUUGUUACUGAACUGAAGCUGCUUCGCUCGUUAAAGCGUCUUAAACUGACUGUAAGUCAUUAAAUAAAUAAAGACUGAAAACGGAAACUCAA